UUUCUUAUGUCACGUUUUAUAAUUAAAGCUCUUUGGAAUGACACUGAUGUCGACAGACUUAGACACGAAUUGUUAAAGGAUUAUGAUAUCAAUGCUAGACCGGAAAACAAUGGAGACGUAACUAAUUGUACAGUAGAGUUGUCUCUUAUAAAUCUGGAAAUGGAUGAAGAAAGAGGUGUGAUGUUGUCUCAUAUUUGGAUUCAUUUGAAUUGGACCGACAACAAACUCAAAUGGGACAAUGACAAAUAUCCUGGCAUAAAAUCUGUCCAUGUUGCAGCUGAUGAGGUCUGGCAACCAGAUUUAAUGGUUUACAAUAGUGCAGAGGUGCGUUUAGUGGAACAUUUCGCAAAAACAAAUAAAAUUGUUUAUUCACAUGGCUCAGUUUUAUGGGUGCCACCAGGUAAGUUCGAAACAUAUUGCAAUCUGAAUUUGAAAUUUUGGCCAUUUGAUGUUCAAAAAUGUGACAUAAAGAUUGGAUCAUGGACGUAUAAUGGAUAUCAAUUGGACCUGAAAUUACUGAAAGACCAUGUCAAUACAGCUCAUUAUACUACAAAUCAAGAGUGGGAAGUUUUAGACUCGACAGCUGUUAGAAACUCUAAAAUUUAUCCCUGCUGCGCUGAACCUUAUAUCGAUACUACUUUCACGCUCGUUUUGAAACGUAAAUCGCCGAUGUUUAAAUCUCUUGUGAUUAUUCCGGCACUGGCAGUGGCUUGUAUGAUGCUAGUUACCUUCUGGUUACCACCACAAUCUACAGAAAAGUUGUUAUUAAAUGGAAUUGCAGCUGUUUUGACAUGCAUGAUGCUUUUGUACUUCUCAAAGUUGUUUACCGUUCUGUCAUCAUCUCCACCGUUGAUAGUUAUGUUCUACUUCCACUCGCUGCUCAUGUUAUGCAUUUCUCUAAUAAUUUCCGUUAUUGUCGUCAACAUGUCCCGAAAUCCAAAGAAUUAUGCAGUUCCACUUUCCUUAAGAAAAAAUAUUUCUGAUGGAAUCCUUGGCAAGAUAUUUGGACCAAAGAAAGCAUUGGCGGAAGAAUCAGAGACUCAAAUUUCAGAAUUGAAAGAAACACCAUUUGAAGAACAACGCAACUCUAGCGACCACAAAGUUAUCGAUUUACCACCCAACCCAGAGCAAAAAGACACGCAAAAUGAUUGGACUCGGGUUGCAAUUAUAAUUGAUCAUGAGCAUCAAAAUUUAGUAACAAUUGAACAUCAGACUCGAGCGUUGGGGAUAUUUAGAAGCCAUGAAAUCUUUGAUUCCGCUAUUAAUCGUGCUUUCAUGUUCUCUGGAAUGCUUGUCAGAAAAAAUUCGAUUGAACUUUAUUUUUACACCUCAACAGCUACUGAUGUUGAUAAGUUGAAACAUGAUCUACUCAAAAAUUAUGAUCCUACUGUAAGACCUGAAAACUUUAAAGACACAACUCUUGUAACUGUUGGUCUGACGCUGCAAGAUGUGGAAAUUGACGAAUCAAGAGGUGCGAUGAUUUCUCAUGUUUGGGGAAAUUUUGACUGGAAUGACAGCAAACUUAUAUGGGACAAGGAAUUAUACAAUAAUGUGACAAGUUUGAUUGUACCAAUCGAACAGAUAUGGCAUCCAGAUAUUUAUGUUUACAACAGCAUGAAUUCAGAUUUAAGGAACCAAUUUUAUCAGACGCAUAAAGUUGUUACAAAUGGAUCUGUGUUGUGGGUGCCACCAGCUAAACUUGAAAGUUACUGUAACCUAAAUCUUAAAUUUUGGCCAUUUGACACUCAUACCUGCAAGAUUAAAAUGGGUUCAUGGACUUCCAGUGGAUACCAUAUUGAUCUAAAAGCAAAGGAUUCUACAGUCGAUACAAGUGAUUUCAAUGGAGUAUUCGGAUGGGAUGUUCUAAAAACAAAAGUGACAAGAAAUGAAAUUUUUUAUUCGUGUUGUCCAGAACCUUACGUCGAUAUUAGUAUGAUUGUUGAGUUUUAUAAAGUGAAAAAUAUUAACAAAAGUUACUUUGCAGCAUUCACAAUCACUUUGCAGCGUAGAUCGCCGAUAUUCAAAUCUGUUGUGAUUAUUCCGGCACUGGCAGUCAUUUGCAUGAUGAUGGUUAGCUUCUGGUUACCACCACAAUCCACAGAAAAAUUGUUAUUAAAUGGAAUUGCAGCUGUUUUGACAUGUAUCAUGCUUUUGUACUUCUCAAAGUUGUUUAACGCUCUGUCAUCAUCUCCACCAAUCAUCGUCAUGUUCUACAGUUGUACACUUCUCAUGCUGUGUUUUUCGUUAAUAAUCUCCGUUAUUGUUGUCAACAUUUCUCGUAAUCCAAAGCGUAGUGCAGUUCCGUAUACAGUGAAGUCAAUUUUACUUGAUGGAUUUAUUGCCAAGGCAUUUGGUGUCUUCGACUCCAAUCAAAUGAAGACAGAGAACAAUUUGGGUGAAAUUAAACAGAACUCGUUAGAUAAAAUUCAAGAAGAUCAUAAAGUAAUGGAACUGGUAACAGAAACGAAAAAUGAUGACAUUCAAAACGAUUGGAUUCGUUUAGCAAUUGUUGUUGAUCGAGCAGUUUUUCUCGCUUAUGUUUUAAUAUUCAUCGGUGUCAUAUUUUUACAUUUCAUUUAGAAUGAAUAUCCACAUACGUGACAGUUAUGAAUGAAGUUUUAUUGAAUAUCCAUUCAUGUAUAUCAAUUAAUCAAACGAUAAUGUAAACAUUUAAAAGAGAGGAUGAAGUGAUAUUGAUUGCAGAUUAUUUGUUUCAUCCACGAGUGAAUGACAAGCUUUCCAUUAAAUAAAAAUAUCGAUUGAAAACGGCGCGAUGCCAAUUAAAAAUAGCAGAAAAUUAAAAUAUUUUACACUUCAAUCCUUCAAUGAAGAUUUUUGUAAAGUUUUAUAUUUUUAAAGCUUUAAAAUAUAUUUCGAAAUAAAAUUUAUAAAAAAAUUUCAAACCG